AUGCGCCGGGCCCGCCGGUCGACCAGCGUCUACGAGGUCGCGAAGAAGUGCGCCGUCGUGCGCGCCGAGGCGGCCAUGGACUCGCCGGUGCGCUGCGAGCUCGGCCGCGGCGCCGCCGUCAUGAUGAGCAAGCGCGUCACCGUCAUGACCGCCGACGGCAAGUCCGUGGACCGCUGCCUGCUCACGCGGCCCGUCGAGGGCUGGACGUCGUUCAAGUGCCUGGCGGCGAGCGCCCAGAAGCCGCCGCCGGACCCGAAGGCCUACCGCGACGGGAGGAUCGACGCGAUCCUAGCGAGCGAGGCCGACGGCGCGCCGAGCGAGCCGCGCGUCGCGGCGCCCGCGGGGGCGGCGCGGGGCGCCGCCGUCGUGCUGGGCUUCUGGGGCAGCUCCCACGAGCUCGUCGCGGACCAUACGGCGCUCUGGGUCGGCCGGGGGCUCGCGACGUGGACGCACGUGCCGUCGCCGGGCGAGGACGCGGCCGCCGCGCGCGGCGCGCUCGCCGCGUUCCUCGAGGCGGCCCCGGCGGACCGCCUGGUCGUCCACUGCCUCAGCAACAACGGCUUCUCCUGGCUGAACGCGUUCUGCGAAGACCGCGGCGAUCUCUUAGCGACCGCGGCUUUCGUCUUCGACAGCGCGCCCCACGUGCCCAACUGUGUCCCCAAAACCGUCGAGGACGCCCUGGCCAUGCUCAUCCGCGCGCAGACGGCCAAGGUCUGCCAGGCGUUCGGCGAGCCGCCGGACCCCCAGCACCCGGUCUACCGGCCGCGCGUCGAGCGGUUCUACGGCGACGGGUCCAGGAACCCGUUCCCGGGCCUCGUGGGCAUGCAGGUGAGCAUCCCGAAGGCGCGGCCGACGCUCUUCGUCUACUCGCGCAUGGACUCCGUCAUCCUCCCGGAGCACGUCGAGGAGUACGUCGCGACCUACGACGCCGCGGACGUGUCCACGCUCGAGUUCGCGACCGUGCCCCACAUCGGCGGCAUGCGCGUGCGCAAGGACGAGUACAACCGCAGCGUCGACGCGCUCCUCGCGCGGGCGUUCCCCGCGAGCGACGGGUCGGAAGCGAUCACGGAGGCGAUAAGCGCGGCAAGUUGA